GUUGACCCCUUGGUCCACCUUCGCACUUUUUUUUGCACCCCUGCCAUGAAAUGCACUUGGUUCUCGUGUUGCCGGGAACUUCUACAUUGUAUACUAGGAGCACUGCUAGGCAAGCAUAUAUCUUACAGGCGCGGGAUUAUACACCGAGACACCAGUGACAGCAAUGUUUGGGUGUGGAUUCCUCAAAUCGAUGAGCAGUUUGUAGUUCCUGAGUGGAUAAAAGAACAAGAUGGCAAAACACACUUCAGAAUGGCGGUGGUCAACCCAGAGUGGUUUCCUAGGCGUCCUGGGAUGGCUGGUGAUUUUGGCUUAGCGCUUGACAUGUUGGAGAGUCAGAGCGCUGCUAAUGGAGUUGUUACCACUGGAACAUUCCCUUUUGGCACCAGCACAGAAAAUGAGGCUCCUAGCAUCACACACGACCUUGAGGCCUACAUCUACCUUAUAUGGCUCAUUGGGGUGAACUUCAAGGGUCCCUAC